UUCAUGGGAUGCGAGCUCCUAGAUUCAUGAAAAACUCAAACAAAAUUUCGCUCAUAAUCUCUCAUAUAAUUGGGAUAUUUUUGAAGCUCAGAAUCUUCUUCAAAUGGUGGCGAUAUCAUGUCAACAUCCUCUCUUUCUCUCUCUUCUUUGAAUCUUCCCUUUGCUUUUUUAUGCUUCUCUUCUCCCAAAAGUAACGAAUUCCACUCGUGAAUUUCAUUUCAUCCUCCCGUGCUCGUUUUUCAACGCCACAAACUUCUUCUUCUUUCGAAUUGAUAUACCGGAAUGGAUUUGGCUGCUGUGUGGCCGGUAGCGAUGGAGUCGGAGUCGGAGCCGGAGCCGGAGAUUGAUCGCCUGCCAAUUGACCUACUGGCUCAUAUUUUUGCGAUGAUCACCUCCUUCACCGAUUUGGCUCAGGCGUGCGGCGUAAGUAGGAAAUGGAAGGAAGGAGUUAAACUGUCUCUUGGUAGGAGAAAGAGUUUGAGCUUUGCUGGUUGGAAGAUGGAUGAUAACUCCACUGCUCGCCUUAUUCGACAUGCCUACAGUCUUCGAGAGCUCGACAUCUCAAGAAGCCGUUGGGGUUGCCAAAUAACAGACCAUGGAUUGCAUGAAAUCUCUCUUGCAAAGUGCAUUCCAAACCUCAGGUCCAUUUCGCUUUGGGGUAUGGCAGGGAUCACUGACAAGGGUGUUGUGCAACUGAUUUCCAGAGCCAACUCCUUGCAAAACCUGAAUAUCGGCGGCACCUUUGUCACUGAUGUAUCUCUGUUUGCGAUCGCAGAUAACUGUCCAAAUUUGAAGACCAUUGUCCUUUGGAGUUGUCGACAUGUAACGGAGACUGGACUUCUUAUUCUUGUAAGUAAAUGCCGCAAACUCGAGUCGAUAAAUGUUUGGGGAAUGAGGGUUCCUGUAGACUGCUUCAUUGGUUUGGUCGCAAUAAGUCCAUCACUUCAAAUAAAAUCAAGAAGUAUGCUUAAUUCUAUGUGGCCUGUUGUGUGAAAUAUGCUCAAAUAUUCACAUCCUGUAAAGCUUCUAUUGUAUGUAUGUCUUCAUCUUUGUGUUUCCAUCAUUAAAGUCAAAUAUAGAUUGGUCAUAAUUUCCCCAAUAAGCUGAAUAUGUUACUCAGUUCAUUUAAAACUAAAUUAUACUCAAUGUAAAUAUAAGGGUAUGUAAAAACUAAGCUUGCUUAUUUAGGGGCUAAAUAUCCUUUUAUUUCUAUGGUCCCAUAAAUACAUCUCUGGGACCUAAAUGUCAA